AGGUCUCAGUGGCCUAACUUAGUAUUGAAAAGACAAAACUGUACGGUCGCAUACGAUGACGAUGAAGGCUAUGAAGCCUAGACUCCGAGCUUGUCUCUCUGCCCUGUUAACUGGUGAACACGGCGUCGUUUCCCGCUCCGCGAUGCCCAGGGCUGUAUCUUACCUAAGAACACUGGUCAAUUCCCAAUCAGAAGGCAUUCAGAGCCUGAGGUGGUCCUUCCAUAGUUCCGCUGAUGAAGAUGAUGACUUCUCUGAAUUAGGCGUGCCAGUAGCACAAGGUGUAGGUACACAUCUGAAAUUGAAGACAGAAAAGCCAGACCCUUUUUGGCAGAAAAAUGAACCUGGAAGAAGAUCUUCAUCUGGCAUGUCUUUGCCUGCAGAAGGUCGGCCCAGGUCGAAGGACGUCUCUUCAAAACUGGCUAACUCUUCACCAGCUCCUACUCUCAAGCCAGACAACCAAGUCAAUAUUUCUAGUACUCCUACCAUUAUAAAUGCUUCUAACUUCAAAAGUUCAAGCUCUGUUUCUGUUGAGAAUGUACCUUCCACAAUCAGCCUUUCCCAGUUGAAAAAGGAACUUUCAGUCUUUGGGGAGAUCUCUAAGGCUUCCAUGACAAGUGAACCAAAUGAAUUUGAUUGCUGCUAUGUCCAAUUUGAGAGUGUAGAAUCUCGCAAGAAAGCAAUUUCUAUUGGUGAAAUUACAGUGAGGAACUUCAUCCUACCAAUUCGUCCUCUGUGUCCCCGAAAAACUGUUACCAUUAGGAUUAGCAACAUCGGCUCAGAGACUGCUGAUUCAGCAAUACAUUCUGUGUGCAUGUCAUUUGGUUCUUUGGCUGGGCUUGUAAGGACAAAGGAGGGAUUGGUGGAUGCCUUGUUUAGUGUGAAGGACAACUCAAAAGCACAAAAGAUACUUAAAAAAUUGAACCAUACGAGCAUGGAUGACUGCAAAUGGACAGCCUGUUUGCAUUCUAGAGACUUUUCCCCUGAAGUGACGACCAACAAAGAUUAUACUCAAUGCAAUUUGGGGUUACAGAUCAUCAGUCAUUUGGAUGACUUGGAAACAGAAUUGUCCAUGAAGAAGGUAUAUGCGGAAGAUUUAAAGAUUCUGCAUCAUGCCUUAAUGCACCUCGAAGCUCACCCCGCCAGUAGGGAGAGAAGUUCCUAAUAUUGAUGGAGUUAUUAUGUAUAUCAUUAUUAGGUACUUUCUCCGAUACAAAAGCCUUCAUGAAAAUUCAGAAGAUUAUUAUGAAGAGUUGAAUGCUAAUUUUGGCUGUCAAAAUCUUUGAUUUCUGAUUUUGACAGUAUUUUAGGGAGAUCUGACGGGAAAAUUAGGUUCUCAACGAGGUCAUGUUCAUGAUUCUCUUGAUGAGAGAUGAAUGUGGCAAAAUAUUGAUUAUUAGAUAUUUUAGGGCUUCGAAGGCAUGUACUUAACUGAUAUUUGAGACUGUUAUUAAAUUUGGAUGUUGAAGUCUUUAA